CUAAGAUAGAUUUUCUAACCCAUGAGUAUGAACUAUUUCAUAUGAAGGAGAACGAGAAAAUCGACGAUAUGUUUGAACGAUUUUCGAAAAUCGUAAACGAUCUUCAUGCUCUCAAGAAGACAUACACGGACAAGGAGCUUGUAAGAAAAAUCCUGCGGAGUCUCACACAGGAAUGGCGCUCCAAAGCCGAUGCUAUCCAAGAAUCUAUCGGCAUCACCAGUGUCACCAUUGACGGGUUUAGAGGUAACCUCAAAACCUAUGAGUCUACCAUUCUUUACCCCUCUUUAGGUGAACAAAAGAAGAAUGGGAUUGCACUCAAGGCGUCCACAAGUCAAGAACGUGAUGUGGAGGACUCGAGUGACAAAGACGAGUUCGGGGUCGUGCUUAAGAAAUUUCAUAAGUUCAUGCGCAAGGAGUUUGAACGAAAAGGAAAGAAGCAAGGAGAACCACCCAAAUGCUAUGGGUGUGGAGAAGUUGGGCAUAUAAAACCAAAAUGCCCAAAUACCAAGAAUGAGAAGAAACCGUUCAAGAAGCACCGAGCUUACAUCUCGUGGGGAGGUGAUUCCGGCGACGAAUCAUCGGAAGGCGAAGAAAACGAAACUGCCAACCUUUGCCUCAUGGCACACGAGGAACCACCGGAAGAG